UCUUUCUUUUGGAUAAUAAGAACCAUUAGAGCAGACAUGGUAAAACAAACUCCCAUUAAAAUGUGUGCCUGUGGAUUUAGAUUGUGUGGCCAAUUAACAAGCACACGCAUUACAGUUGGAGAGCAGCCACACAGAAUUCAUGAUUACAUAAUACUGCAUCACCUCGCCAUUUUUGAAUUUUGCGUGCCCACAUUCAUGUACAGACUACCAUUUAUUUGUGCUUCGUAUGAAGGAGAGUUCUCAUACUCUUUUUGUUGGGACUCUUCACGAUAGAUCCUAGCUCAUAAGACAUGGCAAUAUCUAUUGGUUCAGCACCCUCCAUAAAUGUACAAUGCCAGAAACCUAAGAGCGAGCUAGCUUGUUAGAUGCACUAUAAUUGAGAUGUUCAUGUCCUCAUUUGUUAUUCAAAACCAUCCCCUUAUGGAGAUUGCACCAAGCAGCCUUUCAACAGGGAGAAGAGUAUCAGCUAAUAGGAAGGGAAGGGCUGAAAAGCAUAAUUAUUUGCACCAGUCAGUUUGCAAGUUACAAUGUCCCAAAUGUGAAAGCAAAUGGCACGCAUCUUCAGAAUGCCCAGAUGGCAAUGUCUGUGCUGUAUGUUUUGAUGACUCAGACGAAGGGCAAUGUCGCUUAGUGUUUUCCAGGACAAAGAUGAUGAAAUCGUUGAUACAGAUGGGGAAGGUUGAAGAAGUUAAAUCUGUUUUUGAUAGCUUGAUCAAUGAGGGGCACAGGCCCUCACUGAUUACCUAUACAAUCUUUGUAAGUGCUCUCACUGCCCAGAAACUUUACAUGGAGCUCAGAUCAGUCAUAUCUCAGAUAGAAGGGUAUGGAAUGAAGCCAGAUGUUAUUCUUUAUAAUGCCAUUAUAAAUGGUUUCUGUCAGGCUGGGGAUAUUGAAGAAGCAAUGGAAAUUCUGAGGAAAAUGAAAAAAAGUGGCAUGUCCCCAACAACACCCACCUUCAACACCAUAAUCAAAGGAUAUGGAAUUCGGGGACAGCCUGAAGAGGCCUGCAAUGUGUUACAGCUGAUGCUUCAGUCAACAAGUAUAAAACCUAAUGUUAGGACCUACAAUAUACUCAUCAAUGCUUGGUGUGCAAACAACAACCCAAGAGAAGCACGAAAGGUAAUUCACAUGAUGAAAAACUCUGGUGUUCUACCUGACGCGGUGUCCUAUAAUACUUUAGCUAAAGCUUAUGCAAAAAGUGGACAAGCCCAAGAAGCAGAGGAGUUAAUUACAGAGAUGCAGAAUGCAUUUGUGAGGCCAACUGUUCGCACUUCUAGCAUUAUUGUUAGUGGUUAUUGCAAACAAGGGAAGGUUGAUGAUGCUAUUAGAGUUAUGUACAAGAUGAAAGCUCUAGGGGUACCUCCAAAUUUAGUUACUUGCAAUAUUCUUGUGAAAGGAUUUGCAGACAUGUUACAUCCUGCUGGUGUUGAUGAGGUGUUGGGUAUUAUGAAAAAGUUUGGAGUGAAACCAGAUGUGGUAACAUUCAGCACGAUCAUGAAUGCUUGGAGCACAGCAGGCUUACUGGAGCAUGCUAAAGCCACCUUCGAGAAGAUGCAGUUAGCUGGAAUAAAACCAGAUCUAUAUGUGUAUUGUAUUCUUGCAAAAGGAUAUGUUAGAGCGAAAAAGCCAGCUGAAGCUGAAGGCCUUCUUUUAGAAAUGGUGGAAAUGGGAAUAUCUCCAAAUGUAGUAAUGUUCAGCACUGUCAUUAGUGGCUGGUGUAGUGCUGCCAAAAUGGAUGAUGCAGUGCGAAUAUACAAUAGAAUGAUUGAGAAUGGUGUUGCUCCCACUUUAGAUACAUUUGGUACCCUCGUAUGGGGAUAUAAUGAGGCUAAACAGCCUUGGAAAGCUGAAGAGCUGCUCCUGACAAUGAAAUCAGAGGGAAUUCUACCUGAUAAAAAAAUCAUCGAGUUGGUUGCCGAAGGAUGGCGAUCUAUUGGAUUAAAUGAAGAGGGGGAGAGGGUUUUACGUGUUGUUAAAAUGGAUCCCAUCUUACCAAGAUCACAGCGAAAGGUUGAUCUUGUGAUAGAUGGAAUGAUUACAAAGUCUUUAGAUAAGCCCUACAAACAGAGCAUCACAAUUUCAGGUGCUCUUGCACCACAUGCCUCUGGGGCUAAAACUAAACAAAGAUCUCCCACUUCUACUUUACAUGGGAAGUGGAACACCGUUUUGUGGGACAUGAGCUUUUUUCCACAGCAACAAAGAAGAGUUUGUCUACUCUUUGACAGAUAUAGCUGCCAUGUCAGUUUAAAGUCAGUUUGUGCCAAUGUGACUUAUUUUAAAAAGCUUGAUAGGGGAUCUGGACAGUGGCAGAAUGCUUGUAACCCACUUUUAACAAAAUCAAAGUUUCUUCAGUCGUCCCACACAAGUUUUCUAUCUUUAAGGUUUUGAUAAAUUUAACUCUGGCUUAGACAGAGCAUCUAUUUUUUCUAGUUACGAAGUGGCCUUCCCAAAAAGAAAGAACUCGUCCCCAGUGUCUGUGGGCAUGGAGUUACAUUCUUACAAACAAUCAAUUACAUCUUGCUUACUGCAAUAGCUCUCUCAACUUAAUUCUUUGUACAAUAUAUUUUCAUUGGUGCAUUCACAUUGGAUAUGCCAGAAUUGAGAUUUUGUUGGGUCUGAUGCCCCCAGAUGUUGUAACAAUUACAAGUAACUCUUGUAUAGAACUUCAAUCUACGCAUAUUGGAAACAAAUACAGGUAACCCUGAGUUGCCAUUUCUUUUCA